GGAGGUGGAGUUUCCAAGAGGGAACUUGACCCGUUAGCAGCCGCGGCCAUGGCGGCGCGCUCGUCGUCCUCAUCGUUCCCGCCGUCCUCACCGGUCCCUCCGCCCCCAAAUCGACAGUUGGGGCCUUGGUCCCCACGAGUUGGUCGGGGAGCUGUGGUCCAUGCAGUGCGCAGCGAGGCCUCGGGUCUUGCGGACACCGCGCAGGGGGGCGUCGGGGACAAAAGCGACAAAUCCUGGCAGGGCGAAGAAGGGUCUGGGGGCCGGCGAGGGCCGGGGCGGGCGGCUGCUGUUCAGGCUCCCCUCCUCAGCUCGCCUGUGGGGUCCAAGCCGCUAGAGGGCAUCUCGGUAGAGGAAGCGAUGGUGACCCGGACGCAGCUGCUGGAGGAAGAGCUGAGCAGCCUAAAGGAGGAGCUGGCCCUGUGUCAGGCUGAUAAAGAAUUUGUAUGGUCUUUGUGGAAACGACUCCAGGUGACAAACCCAGAUCUCACACAAGCAGUCAGUUUGGUUGUGGAAAGAGAAAAACAGAAAUCUGAAGCUAAAGACAGAAAAGUUUUAGAAAUUCUGCAAGUCAAGGAUGCUAAAAUUCAAGAAUUGGAACAGAGAGAAUCAGGACUAAAACAAGAAAUAAAUGACCUUAUAAAACGAAAGAUUGCAGUAGAUGAAGAAAAUAUUUUCUUAAGGAACGAAUUCCGUGACUUGCAGAAGAAAUUUAAAGAUAGAAGUAAAGAAGUUAAGGACACUAAGGAGUGUGUACAAAAUAAGGAAGAGCACAACAGACUGGUUAUAAAAAGUCUGGAAGAGGAAAAUGAGAAAUUGAAUACCCGCUGUGCUGACCUGCUAAAUGACCUGGAGAAACUGAGGAAGCAGGAAGCACAUUGGAAAAAAGAGAAACAUAGCAUUGAUGCAAAAAUAAAGGCUUUUGAAGACAACUUAAGUGAAGCAAGGAAAGAAAUUGAAGUGUCACAGAGUAAAUAUAAUGCUUUAUCAUUACAGUUGAAUAAUAAACAGACUGAACUUAUCCAGAAGGAUAUGGAUAUUACCCUGGUUAGGAAAGAGUUGCAGGAGCUGCAGAAUCUUUAUAAACAGAACAGUGCACAUACAGCACAGCAGGCAGAGCUGAUCCAACAUCUCCAGGUUCUGAAUUUGGACACACAAAAAGUACUGAAGAACCAGGAAGAUGUUCACACAGCUGAAAGUAUAUCAUAUCAAAAACUAUACAAUGAGUUACAUAUUUGUUUUGAAACUACAAAAUCAAAUGAAGCUAUGCUCCGGCAAAGUGUUGUUAGUCUUCAGGAUCAGCUAUUUCAACAACAGCAAGAAAAUUCUAAACUGAAAGAAAAGCUUCAGGAGCCACAAAAAACACUUCGUCCUUUACUGCAAGAAAGUGAUUCAGAUCAUUUAGAACAGGUAUCUCAACAGCCAUCGUUAUCUAGCUUAGAAACCUUAAUGGUCUCACAGAAGUCAGAAAUUGAGUAUUUACAGGAGAAAUUGAAAAUAGCAAAUGAAAAACUUUCAGAGAACAUGUUUAUCAACCAGAGUUCAUCAGAAAAGAGCAUUUUGACAAAUACUAAAGGAAAACAUAAGGAACCACCUGUGAAACGUUCAAGGUCUUUGUCCCCAAGGAGCUCUUUCACAGACUCAGAGGAGCUAAGGAAGCUAAGAAAAGCUGAAAGAAAGAUUGAAAACUUAGAGAAAGCACUACAACUAAAGAGCCAAGAAAAUGAUGAGCUAAGAGAUGCCCAUGAAAAACGCAAGGAAAGGCUACAGAUGUUACAGACCAACUACAGAGCAGUAAAAGAGCAAUUAAAACAGUGGGAAGAAGACAGUGGCAUUGAAAUCAGAAAAAUAAAGAGAGCAGGUCCCCAGCAACUUACACAAGAAGAUUCUGAUGCUGUAUGGAAUGAACUGGCCCAUUUCAAAAGGGAGAACCAGGAGCUAAUGAUUCAAAAGAUGAAUCUUCAAGAAGAAUUGGAUACACUUAAAGUACAUAUGUGUGUUGACAAGGCAACAAUACAAGAACUGAAUGCAUGGGUGGCAGAGAAAAAAGAAGAACAACUCUUUCAAUAUGGUGACGAUGAUGGGGUCAAGAAGAGUACUCCAAAGAAGAAUGGAAAAGAAAUAUCAGAGCAGACAUUACAGAAGAUCAUUGAGUUGGAAAAUCGGAUAAAAUCUUUUGAGAAAAGAUCCAGAAAGUUAAAAGAAGGGAAUAAAAAAAUAAUGAAAGAAAAUUAUUUCCUGAAAUCCCUUUUAAAACAACAGCAAGAAGAUUCAGAGGCCAGAGGAAAAGAGCUUGAACAGUUACAAAAGAGGAAUAAAGAAGUAGAAAAACACAAUGCUGAUCUUCAAGUAAAAAUCAGCGAGCUGGAGAGAGAAGUCACUUUACUAAAGAGACAAGUGGCAGAAGCUAAUGGGCUGAGGAGUGAAAAUGAAGAGCUGAUAAGUUCAAUAGAUAAAUUGCAGCAUUCAGCAGACAAAGCUAAAACUGAGAUGGCCACCACGGAAGUGAGAGCUAGUGAUUGUAAGACAACCACUACCAAAGUUAAAUUUAAAGCCACCAAAAAAAAGUGCUCUGUAGGUCGUUACCACACUGUUCUCAAUCACUCCAUCAAGGUUAAGAGCAAUAUGUUUGAGAACCUCAGUAAGGAUGGCUGGGAGGAUGUGAGUGAAAGCAGCAGUGAUUCUGAAACACAAACCUCUCAGAAUUUGGGAACAAUUAUUGUAGAAACAUCUCAGAAAAUAAGUCCCAUAGAAGAUGGAAGAGACCAGAAAGAAAGUGAUCAAACAGAAGACAGCCAAAUGCAAGGAAAAGAAAUAGUACAAAUAUAUUCCAAUCCAAGUGGCAAGACCCCAAAGGAGUAUUUUCAUUAUAAGAAUCCAAAAAAAUCAACUUUUCCAAAGAAGUAUGGUAAUAUUCAAAAGAAUCCCUAUACAGCAGUUCCUAACAGAGUUAACAGAGAAAGGUGGAAAACUAUAAAUGCCCAGAAAUCAAACAGCAGUAUUAUUUUAUUACGAGAACGGAUUAUAUCCUUGCAACAACAAAUCAGUGUACUUCAGAAUGCCAAAAAAACUGCCGAAUUGUCUGUUAAAGAAUAUAAGGAAGUCAAUGAAAAAUUAAUUCAUCAGCAGCAAGUAUCUGAUCAACGAUUUCAGACAAGCAGACAGACAAUAAAGAAACUACAUUUGGAUUUGGCUGGGCUCCGGAAAGAGAAAGAAGCCUUACUGAAGAAACUGGAAUCAUCAUCUGAAAUCACAAGCUUGACAGAUGAAAUUUCCCGGGUAACAGCUCCACAGAUACAACGUACAUCACUUGGUCCUUCAAGGAGCAUGGAUUUGGAAAUGAAGCAAUUGCAGUGUAAACUAAAGAAUGCAACUAAUGAACUCACUAAACAGUCAUCUAAUGUGAAGUCUCUGAAAUUUGAACUCCUAACAAAAGAAGAGCACAUAAAGGAAAUGCAUGAAAAAAUGUCUCGAAUGGAGAGAGAUAUAACCAUGAAAAGACAUUUGAUAGAAGACUUGAAAUUUCGACAAAAAGUAAAUUUGGAAAGUAAUGAGAGUAUUAAUGAAAUGUUAGAAAGUCUUGAAAAAAAGGUGAAGACAUUAACUGAAGAAUGUUCUAACAAGAAGGUCUCAGUUGAUUCAUUAAAGCAAAGACUUGGUGUUGCUAUAAAAGAAAAGUCACAGUAUGAACAGAUGUAUCAGAAAACUAAAGAGGAGUUAGAAAAAAAGGAUCUCAAGCUUAACCUCUUAGUAUCAAAAGUAAAUGAGACUGAAUCAGCACUGGCAGAAAUUGAAACAGCAGCAUCUAAGCAUCUUCAAGGAUUAGCAUUGCAAAGUGAGCAGGCCCUAGAAGGAGCACAGAAGAAACUACUGUUAGCCAAUGAGAAAGUGGAAGAGUUCACCAUGUUUGUGAAGGCUUUGGUCAAAGAAUUACAAAAUGAUGUCCAUCAGAUGAGGCGACAUAUUAGAGAACUGAAAAAAAUGCAGAAAAACCAGAAGGCUAAUAAAACUUCAACCCAUAAAGCCCAGACGUUGGCAGCUUCUAUCCUUAACAUUUCACGUUCAGAUUUAGAGGAAAUACUGGACACAGAAGAUGAAGUGGAGAUGGAAAGGACAAAGACAGAAGCUGAACAUGACCAGGAAUGGCUGUUAUACAUCCAGAAACUUCUUGAGGGACAGCUUCCUUUUGCUUCGUAUUUACUAGAAGCAGUACUGGAAAAAGUAAAUGAAAAAAAGAAGCUAGAUGAAAGAUAUUUCACAAUUAUGAAAGAUAUUAGAUGAUAUUAUAAUGGAGAAUUUUUUUCAAAUGUGAAAAGUUUUUAUAUGGUGUGAUUGGAAAACAUGCAUUGCAAUCCUGAUACAGUAUCUGUUCCAACUAUCAAUAGUCAAGCUCAAUACCAAAAUAAGAAUUCUCUGAAACUAAUUAAUUGCUGAACAAGUGAAAUAAAUUAAGUGCAUAGCCAUUUAAAAGGAAAUAGUGUAGCAUUUGAUUGUUGAAUGCAAAUAUUGCCACAAAUCAAUGCAAACUCUUAAACAUGAUUUUCCUUCCAGUGCAUUAGAAAAAAUUCGAACAAGCUUGACACACAUAACUUAGCCUGAAUGUAAUAAGAAAAAAUAUAUAAACUGUGAGGAUUUAAUGUUUUAAAUUUUGUAAAGAAAUGACAUAUAUAAAACUGCUAUACAUGGGCUAAAGUCAUCCAAGGAACAACGUAUUUGUUUUGUAAGCAGAUCUAAAAUGAACCACCAAAACUUAAGGAUAAAAAUUUAAUUAAAGUGUGUUGUCCAUGGUAUCUGUUCUCACUAUUCUGGAUGAUAUAGGAGAUCUACUGUAUUUUUCUAAAGCUAUUUGACAACAAUAAAAACAUUUUCUCCUCCUCUCUUUCUCUCUCUCUCUUUUUUUUAAGUUAAAAAUAUUAUGUGUGGUCAUAUAAUUUAGCAAGGACCACAAACCCAGUAGUAAAUCUAACAUAACGCCCACUAAUUAACUUAAGCUAAUUAAUUAAACUAAUUAAAGUUAUAUUUUAAGCAAUAUUAUCCUUAUUUCCAUUCACCAAUGUUCCCACAUCAUUUCACCUCUUUACUAUGUUUCAUGUCACACCUGACUCUCUUGGUUCCCCUGACUCACCAAACUUCUGCCUGUACCCAGCCUUGACCCUUGUUCUCUCUUUCUAGAAUACUCUGUACUCACCUUUUUUGUCUACUGACUUCUUUCAGGCUCACUUUACGUAGUCCCUGAGAGACACAUUCAUUUAUCCUUUCUUCUUCUAUUAAAUUUCCUUUGAAAUACAAAAAUAACUAGUUUACCUAUUUACUUGUUUACUUCCAUAUCUCCACCUUGCCCCAUUAGAUUUGGUCUGCCUACAAGCUAUGAAUAGUUUGCACAUCAGUGAAUGAUUAAAAAAAAUUAUAAGUAAUAUUGUAUAGCACGUGACAUUUAUGUGAAAUUCAGAUUUUGCUUCAUCAAUAAAGUUUUUGAACAUGGUGAUGCUCCUUGAUUUAUGUAUUGUCUGUGACUGCUGUCAUCUGAUGGUAGUGGAGGCAAGUAGUUGUAAGCAGAAUUACUAGUGGUGCUCUCACUCUGCACUACUACUUGGUACAACAUUUCAGGUGCCACAAAUACUAUUAUGCCAUGAUUGUUUUUAAUCUGUAUGUAUGCUCUUCUUGCGAAAAGAAAAUAAAGAAGGAAAAAU